AAAAAAAAAAGUAAAAACGAACUGGUUUAAGACAAAGAUGGCGUCUUUGGUUUGCAUGUUUAGUGGAGAACCGUUAUUUCAGGUAAGUUCUUGACCGUUUCUAUUUAUAGCUGAAGCAAAGCUCACCACCAAUACUUUUAGAGAAUCCUGAGUUCGAAACAAAAACUCUUAUCAACCCAAAGCUGUCUCUGUCGGUCUGUCCUUCCCCUGAGGAAAACGAAAGAGACGAGAAGAAGAGGUCAUGAUCUCGGUCUGCUCUGACUCACCAAGGUCAUGAUCUUCUGCCUCUCCAUUGAUCAAUCACUCCAUCCUCCCUUAAAAUUCUUAAUCUGGAUAAGCUACUUCACUUUCCUAGUUGAUUUCGUCACCGAGAAAGGCUCAUGGCAGGGCGAUCGUUCAAGUGUUUUGUGGAGCAGGAGCUGGGAAAGUUCCCGCUCUUGGCGAUCUAUGCCGUGCUCGAGUGGCUGCUCAUCGUCAUUCUGUUCGUAGAUGGGCUUCUGGCGUUCGUGGCCAACGACUUCGCCAAGUUCUUCGAGAUGAGGAUCCCCUGCCUCCUCUGCACGAGGAUCGACCACGUGCUGGUCCGAAGGAGUCCCGAUUUCUACUACAACGAUUCUGUGUGCGAAGCGCACAAGAAGGAAGUGUCGUCCCUCGCUUACUGCCACGUCCACAAGAAAUUGUCCGACAUUAGGAAGAUGUGCGAGGGGUGUCUUCUUUCUUUCGCAACUGAGAAGGAAUCCGAUUGUGAUACCUACAAGUCCCUCGUGGGGAUAUUGCAUAAGGAUCUCGAAUGCUUCGUUCAGGACGAUUCCGGGGUUCAUUUGGCGUUGCCUGCAGGAAAGAAGGAUGAGAGGGUUGAGGCCAAGAUGACCGGCGAUCAACGGUGCACAUGUUGCGGAGAGCCAUGUAAAAUGAAGCCCUCUUUGCAUUCGAAGAACAGCCAGAAAUCUGGAAAGAGCACUAGCCCGAUUUCGCAAGCUCCUGCUCCGUCUCCUAGAGGACCCUUCGUGACAUUGAGGAACGAGGAGGCGCCUGAUUUGACAUUGCCUCAUAUCCGUUACACAGAACUAAAAUUCAACCCCGACACCGGAUCUGACAUUCUUGGCCACGAGGCGAGCUCGAAUGCGCUACUUCCUGACAACCAUGGUACAUAUGAGAUGAAAAUCGCUUCGGUGCCAUUGCUCACUGAGAGCGAUGACAUUGGCGAAGCAAUCAGAACCCCUCCCUUUGCGAGGGGAAACAAGUUCUUUGGCAUCCCACUUACCGAUUCAGCUAACUCGAGCCCGAGGUGGGGUUCGAGGCUUUUGAGGAAAUCGAUCCUUGACAAGGGGGAUUUUGCUUCUGAGCCCAUUGAUAGCGGCACAGUAAGUGAAGACUCUAUCUUGACCCAUUUGAAGAGGCAGGUUCGCUUGGAUCGCAAGUCGCUGAUGGCCAUGUACAUGGAGCUAGACGAGGAAAGAAGCGCCUCGGCUGUGGCGGCCAACAAUGCGAUGGCCAUGAUCACGCGGUUACAAGCGGAGAAGGCGGCCGUCCAAAUGGAGGCCUUGCAGUACCAGAGAAUGAUGGAGGAGCAGGCAGAAUACGACCAAGAAGCCCUUCAAGAAAUCAGUAACUUGCUUGCCAAGAGAGAGGAAGACAUCAAAUUGUUGGAGGCCGAACUCGAAGCCUACAGAGAGAAGCAUGGAUACUUGGAGGGUUUCGAAGUUCGUAAGGACAAAACGGUAGACAAGGAUUGCCAGGAGUUGAAGCCUCACACAUAUUCGUUCUCCGAUGGGGGUUCCGAAUGUGGAAGCCACUCUCCUAGCGUCACCGAAGGAGAAACCGUUAGGCACAUUGCACAGGAUCAGAGCAUCCUUGAUUCGUUGCAGGAUGAAAUAGGUACCAGUGAAUCUCCAGAAGAAAAGAUUUGAUCCCGGUAGGAGUACUACAC